AUGCCACUGCUAACUAAAAAUUUGGAUGAAUCAAGCAAGUGUGAACUUGAUGUGAGUGGGAAGAUGGUGAACGUGAUGAGUGGGAAGAUGGUGAAAGGCCAUGCAAAACAUCUGCAGCUUGCCUUCGGGAGAUGGAGUGUGCCAACAAGAAGUGCAUCAGCAAGAAGCAGAGGGGGAAGGACGUGCAUUGGCUUCAAGUGCCGGAACGAAAAUUGCAUUCCACUCUCAAAAGUUUGCAACCAUGGCAACGAUUGUGGCGACGAUAGUGAUGAGCCGAUAGACAUUUGCGAUGAAUGCGGAGUUUUUGGAAGGAAAACGUGUGAUGAUUAUUCCAAAUGUCUACUCCACGAAGAACUCUGCGACGGUGUUGCGCACUGCAAGGACGCCUCCGAUGAGGCGCGCUGCACAGGCAACCACACGCAUUGUAAGUUGGACGAAUUUGAUUGCAGAAGUGGAGCAGGCAACAGGUGCAUCCCUUCCCGCCAAGUUUGUGAUGGAACUCCUCACUGCUCCAACAACAGGGAUGAAACUGUCUGCAGGCGAGACGAUUUGCAAAUAGCUGUUAGCGGGUCUCCUAAUAUGUUUUCAGUCAUGGUGGGUAGAUUAGUGAAUUGUUUGUCGGAGCAGAUAAGGGCUAGUAGUGUUGCUAGCGAUGCUAAACCUUCAGAAAGUAAAGAGCCAAGUAAAACAGAAAUAAACAUUCUGAAAAAUUCUCGUUGGGGUGAUGCUCCUUUGACGCCGUCGGCUGGUAAUGUUGCUGAUAUCUUUUGGCCUGUGGAGCCUAUGAAAAAACUUCAUCGCCCAGCAACUCCCACACUUAAUCAAGUUAAUAUUGAGACUAAAUCAUCUGUCAAGGGUAUAGUAGGUCGGAAACUUCCCCUAAACUUGGUUAUUGCUGCAAACAAAGCCGUUACAAAGCAAAAAUUCUAUCAUAUUGGUAAUGUGGCAAGAUGCACUAAGAACAACAUUGUGGAAUACUUGAAGUCACUUGAUGUGGAAACUGUUUCAUGUUUUCCUGUUUUUAAGAAGUCAGACAAAGAAACUAAAACACCAGUACUCAAAAAAGAUGGUAAUGAGGAGAAUCUCUCCACAGACGAGACUAAACCAACGUCUUCGGACAAGUCAACAUCCUUCAGGUUGUGCGUAGAUGUAAAAUUUGCCAAUGUGAUUGAGGACAUGGAUUCCUGGCCAGAGCAUAAUAUCUAUGAGUCAAUGGCCAUUGAAGUCAAUAUUGGGUUACAUUUCAACAUUGUUGUAAUUGUAUUCUACAGGCCUCCGGACUCUGAUCCCCUGACUGUUUUUGAUCAUUUUUUUAAUGUAAUCAAAAACUGUAGAAGUCUCAAGAAUAAGAUGAGAAAAAUGAUGUUUCUAGACUGGCAGUCUUCAAAAACGCACAAAACAUCCAAUGCCGGUGACUCGUUCGCGGUGUUAACGUUUUAUUUCAUCUCAUAUUUUCAGCAUAUCAGGAACCUCGACCUCCUAACGAAUUUCACAAACUCAAUACAGUUUUGUUGA